AUGCUACUGCAACCGAAGCCAACGCCACCUCCAACACCGCCUCCGACACCGUCCCCACCAUAUGGGGUGGAGACGCCGAGCAGAAAUACAUCGCUGCAGACGGAGGAAGCCGCACCCGUCCAGCCCCUGUGGUACAACUGGCAUGCGGCAUCCAGGUGGAUACAGCAGGCCGACUCAGAAACGCCGCCCCCGAUGUCGCCACCCCCAACUGCCGUAGGGGCUCACAAGGGGCUGACGCGGAGAGAACCGACUGUGAUGCCACUAACACUCGCCAUGCACGUCAACGAGGGUGUGCCACAACUGCCUGUCACACAUGUCAACGAGGGUGUGCCACAACCGCUCGUCACGCACAUCACCAAGGGCGUGCCUCAACCAUCCGUCAUGCACAUCAACGGGGGCAUGCCACAACCAUCCGUCACGCAUGUUACCCAGGGCUUGCCACAACUGCUCGCCACGCACAUCAACGAGAGUGUGCCGCAACUGCCCUUCACGCACGUCACCGAGGGCGUGCCACAACAGCUCGCCACGCACAUCAACGGAGGUGUGCCACAAUCACCCGUCAUGCACGUCAACGAAGACGUGCCACAACCGCUUGUCACGCACAUCACCAAGGGCGUGCCACAACCACCCAUAACAUACGUCAACGAGGACGUGCCACAACCGCUCGUCACGCACGUCACCAAGGGCGUGCCUCAACCAUCUGUCAUGCAUGUCACUCACGUCUACGAGGGCGUGCCUCAACUGCCCGUCACACACAUCGAGGACGUGCCACAACCACUCAUCAAGCACGUCAACGAAGGCAUGCCACAACCGCUCGCCACGCACAUCAACGGGGGCGUGCCACAACAACCCGUCACGCACUUCACCCAGGGCGUGCCACAACUGCUCGCCACGCACGUCAACGAGGGUGUGCCACAACCGCCCUUCAAGCACGUCACCGAGGGCAUGCCACAACCGCUCGCCACGCACGUCAACGAGGGUGUGCCACAACUGCUCACCACACACAUCAACGAGGGCAUGCCACAACCACUCGCCACGAACAUCAAUGGGGGUGUGCCACAACCACCCGUCAUGCACAUCAUGCAUGUCAACGAGGACAUGCCACAACUGCUCAUUAUGCACGUCACCAAGGGCGUGCCACAACCGCCCGCCUUGCACGUCAAAGAGGGCAUGCCACAACCGCUCGUCAUGUCCAUCAACAAGGGCAAGCCACAACCACUCGCCACGCACGUCAACGAGGGCGUGCCACAACUGCUCGCCACACAUUUCAACGGGGGCGUGCCACAACCACCCGUCAUGCACGUCACCCAGGGCAUGCCAUAA